UAGCGAGAAACAUUAUCAAUGUUGUUUAAACGCUUGACACAAUACCAUGCAAUUUUGUAUAUCAUUAAAGUGUUUGAAUGACUUCAUCUCAAUGUCUAACUAAAACGAAAACCAAGAACCGGGAAUAUAUUUUUUCCGGGAAAAUGACGAUUUUUUUUUUUUUUAAAUAUCGAAAAAAAAUUCUAGGGUCGGGGCUAUAAUUUAGGGUCGGUCGGGUUAGCGGAAACACAACACAUUUUAUCAGUGGCCUAAGAAUGGUUUUAAUGAAUACUGGAAUUUUAUAAGCCGGUUAGUUCAAAACAUAAAUUGGUGGUAUUAAUAGGUUAAAUGUGUCAGAAUAAUUUAAUUUCCAUGUAAUUUAUUCAGAUGCUUUAUUACAAGUACUCAAUAUAUGUAUUGCAUUCAUCGCAUAAACAUACGUGUGUAUUAGCAUUUAUAUAUAUGCAUUUCCAUGCAACCCAACUGUAAUUUAUCUAAGUUAUAUAACUUUAUUAAUGAGUCAGUGAUGAUCAUGAAAAUAAUGGAAUGCUUCAAUGCACACAGGAUAGGCUUAGUGGACAGUUCACAACACGAAAGGAGGUCUCUCAUCUUGAAAAUUCAUAUAACAGUAUUGUUAUGAACUCUAAUGUUAGAAUAGUAUUGUGGUUAUGUAGUUCAACUUAGUAUUUAAAUUUUAUACAUGUUAAAAAUUAUUACGCAACUUUUUAGCUAUGCCAUUACACUAAGAAAUCCAAUCUAAUUUAGUCUAAAUUAGCUUAAAGUUGUCUAUUGUCAUAAAUUAUUUUUAAAAAUGAUGGAACACUGAUCAUUUAUUUUGUUGAAUCUUAUAGAAAGAUAUCUCAGUUAGUUCAUGAAUGUGUCUAUUUUUUGUAGGUUGUAGUGCUCUUUACUAUAGUCUUUGGGAUGAAAGAUGGCAGUGACCAGUUCUCAGUUCCUGUAAGAAUAUAUACAAUAUGGAUGUUACUUUAAAAUUAGAAUGCUGGAGUUGGUUGGCUGAAAUACAGUUUGUAUACAAGUAUAUAUGACUGGAGAUAUUCCGUUAUUGGAGUUGCUUCCUGAGAUACCAAGAACAGUGGAUGCCUACCCUCAACAGUUUUCUUUGGAUUCAACUGAUGUAAGUAUAAGUAAAUCCUACAUCUGAGCCAUGGUUUCAAGUAAGUUGUUGAAUAAGAAAUUUGUAUCACAUAUAUUUACAGUCAUCAUUUCUUAGCCUGCAUUAUUUAAUCUGAGAUUCCUCUGACCAUUUACUUCCACUUUUAUAUAUACAUGACUGGAUCUAUCACUUGUUUAUAUAUAUAUAUAAAACUACAAGUAAGAGUUAGAGGAAUGUCAGAUUAGCCUGAGCUGAAGACUUAUGAAAAUCAUUUAUCAUUGACUGCUUUUUGAAUUUCUACUUCCUCUCCAAAAUCAAGAAGCCAAGUUGAAAACCAAACUUACCAUAUUAAAAUAAAAGUACAUAAAGGGGAUGAAAGGUCUACACAAAAAAGGAGUAUUAAGAAGAAAUAUUGAACAUUAUAUUAUCAGCAUUGAAUAAAUGGCCGUGACCAUUAGUCAUUCCAAUGUUCAUUAACUGUGGUGGAUACUGCUAAUUUACACAAAUUUGUUAGAUUUCUAACACAAUAGAUUUUACGCUAGUGUCAGUCUAUUGUCUAAUAUUAAUGCAUGGUCUUUAACAUGAAUACUACAUUUUUGUAGAUUUCAGAGACUGACUCGGUAAUUGAUAGAGUCAUAAAUAAUGAGGUCCAUUUACAAAUGUUAGAUGAUUCUGAACUUGAACGUACCCGUCAGGAUGAAUAUUUGACAUUAUAUGGACUUCACAGAAAACCAAUAGUAGGGGAUGGGAAUUGUCUCUUUAGGUCUGUUAGUCUUGCCCUCUAUGGAAACCAAAAUCAUCACCAAGAGCUACGAAAUGCAGCAAUACAUGAAAUUGAACAAAAUUUGGAUAUUUUUCAUAUGUUUUUCUAUCAUUCUAAUGGUAACCAAAUGACUUAUCCAGAAAUUCAACAAGAACUGAAUAAUCUUAGGCAGUUAGGCACUUUUGCAGGGCAGGAAUCAAUUUUGGCAAUGUCUAGGCAUUUUGGAAUCAACUUAUUAGUAACUGUUGGUGGUGAUCAGGAUAAUCCAGAAGUUGUGACGCUUGAACAUGACUUUGGAAAUUCAAAUUCUAGAAUUCAUUUGAUUUGGACAAGGGCAGGGGGUGGACAUUAUGAAACAGUGACUGAAACAUCACCACCAGACAAUCAGAGAGAACCAGUAUCAUUAGCAUUCAAAAGUAAUUAUUGCUGGAAUUUUGAUCAUUCUGCAUGUAGGAAAUUUAACUUGGAUACAUUGAACUCAUUGAAGACUUCAAACAGACGAGAGACAAUUGAUAUACUAGAAAAUCCUCCCAUGACAAAAUCUACAGACUACAUACAGACAAUACAUUCAUAUGAUCAAGUUACAAAUGUAGAACAUGGUAUCUAUCAGAAAAAUCAGUGUUCAGUUUGCAUGAAAAUUUUCCAUGAUAAAGCAAAUUUGAAUAGGCACAAGAAAUCUGUACAUGAGAAAGAAAAUGGUAAAAGAAUGCCAUGUAUUGUUCCAUCAUGCGACUUAGAUUUUUAUCAUGUUGAAAUUCUUGCGAGUCAUUUGAUAAAUAAUCAUGAUGCAGACAUUAGGGUGGAAGAUUUGAACUUUGAAAAUCUUGAUUCUUUUGAGAAAUAUUUGACAGAAGAGUCUAUAAACAAAAACACAAGAUAUGUUUUGCAUAGACCAAAAACUGUAAACAAGGAUGGUUCUGAGAGAUACACACUGGUUUGUCAUAGGGAUGGGAAAAAGCGAAUUGCAUGUGAUACAAAAGAUAGAAAGAGGAGGGAGAAAAAAAAGGGUUCAUGUAAAUUAGAUGGUUUAUGCUUAUCAAGAUUUUCAGUUUUGGUAGAGAAGGAUGGAACAGUUAAAGCAAAAUACAUACAAUCACACACACACUCAACAACUUUUGAAGAUAGUAAAUUUUUACCUAUUCCAGAUCAUUUGAAGUCAGACAUAAAAACUAUGUUAGCAUUAAAAAUUCCUAUAAAUACAAUUUUAGACAAAGUUAGAGACAAAUUUAGUGACAGAAACAAUCGAGAUGACUUGACAGACCUGAAACAUUAUCAUUUGAUUGACAGAAAGACAAUACACAAUCUAAAGCAAAAGAUUAUUGACUCAUCUGUUAUUAGACACAGUGAUGAUGCAACAUCAACAUUUCUUCGAGUAGAUGCUUUAAGGAAAGAAAUAUUUGAUCCCAUUCUGAUUUUUAAACAACAAAAUGUAGAUGACAGCAAGAUUGGACUGGCUAAGGAAGACUUUAUGUUGGCAAUAAUGACGAAACAACAGCUAGACAUGUAUGAAAAAUAUGCACCCAUAAUUCUUUGCAUGGAUUCCACCCACAAAACAAACUUACAUUCAUUUAAGUUGAUAACCCUUCUAGUUCCAGAUGAAUUUAGACGUGGUUAUCCUGUUGCAUUUUGUAUUUCCAAUAAAGAAAAUGAACAAGCUAUUUCUGUUUUUUUAAAUGCUGUUAAAAGCAAAUCUCCACAAACAAAAGUAAAUAUUUUAAUGACAGAUGAUGACAAUGCUGGUUGGAAUGCAGCAAAGAAUGUAUAUGGAUCAAACUUAGAACAUUUCCUAUGUAUUUGGCAUGUACACAAAAACUGGCGAUUAAAAAUUCAGCAGCAUGUUAAAGACACAGAGCAGCAAGCCGAAAUUUAUUGUUUAUUAUGUGCUGCAAUGGAUGCUAAGACUGAAACAUUAUUGAAUACAUAUUGUGAUAUUCUGGUUCAAAGAUUGUCUGACAUUAAUCCAAAUUUACUGACAUACUUCAAUAAUUAUUACUUGUUGAGAAAAGAGAAGUGGGCAAUGUGUUUCAGGAAAGGUGAAUAUUCCAAUGUUAAUACAAAUAUGUUUUUGGAAAGCUUUCACAAUCAAUUAAAAACAAUUUACUUUGAAGGAAAAAGAAAUCGUAGAAUAGACAUUCUGCUGGAAACCCUGCUACAGAUUGAAAAUAAUUUGUAUUUCAAACAUUUGGCUGCUAAAAAGUUCAAUAUUCCUUCAGGGGAAAUUAUGAAGACUUUGGAUCGACAUCAGAGUAGUUUUGAGAUUCAAAAUUCCUCAGUCUGUCAGGUUAAUGAAAACACAUUCACCCUUAAAUCACAGAAAAAUUUAUAUACAGUAGUGACGCAUUGUCAGAAAUGUCCUGAAACACAUUGUUACAUGAAAUGUAAAAAAGUACCCUGUAUAGAUCUGUGUAGACAUCUCCUUACUUGCAACUGUUAUGACUAUUUGGAAGGGAAUAUUUGUAAACAUCUACACAAGGUUCAGUCCUUACUUUAUCGUAAUACUGGUAGCUGUACAUUAGAGGAUCAGACUAACAUUCAUAAUGAAAAUAUUACUGACAAGGUUAUCAGUCCACCAGUUAAGAAAAGAAAUAUUUGUGACACUUCGACUUCAUCAAAGAUUCAAGGUAUUCAAGAAAAACUGAACAAAAUAAUGUCUCAGAUAAAGAAUAGUCCUCGUGUUCAGGAAUAUAGACUGGAUAAUAUUGUCACAGCAUUGGAUCACAUAAUUUCUGCCAAUGACGGGUGUGAAAACCUCCCAAACUCCUUAAAAGGGUUUAAGAGGACUGAGAAAAUAUCUUCCAAUGCCAAUAAUGUAUUACAGCCACGCUUUAGGUCCACUGCUAAAAAUCCUGGGAAGAAGAGAAGAAAUCCUUUAAGAAAGCCAUCCCAGCAAGAGAAAGAGAAGGUGCUUCUUCAAAGCAUAAAUCAAGGUAUAGAACAAGGUCAAAGGUCAGGUAAAAAUCGGGUUGCUGAAUCACAAGAAAGUCAGAGAAUGGGGCCAUCUGUAGCACCAUAUCCUCCCUUAAGACUUGUUCCUCCCACUGAGCCACCGGUCCUUCCAUUGCAACCACAGGGUCCAGUUAUCAAUCCUACUGAACCUCAAGGCCUACCCUCUUGGUAUAGAAUUCCUCCUUCACUAUAUGGUAGAAGGGUAACAAUUAUACAAAGUGAUGGAAGAAAACAAGAUGUUAUAUUUACAGGUGGACAAAACAAUAAUGGUACUAAAGAUGAUGAUAAAUAAGAUUGUCAUUCCUUUUUAUCAUCAGAUAUACAUGUAUGUGUAUUCCUUUUAAUGUCAUACAUAAUGCAAGUAUGGAUAGUGUCAACCAUACUUUUAGACUUUGACAGACCAUAGACAGUGGGGAAGGGCAUAUGGAAAAUAUCUUGUGUGCUUAAAUCAUGUUCAGUUUUCAUCUAAUAGUUUGUAAGGCUAGGUAAUAUAUACAUGUAUUUGUUCCAGUUAAUUAUUUUGUUUCAGUUUGUUUUAUUCUAGGUAUUUGUGUACUGCCUGUCUAUUAAUGUAAAGUUUUAUUGCUUCAAAGAAUUUCAAGACCACUCUAGCAGUAUGUGCUAUUCAAUUUCAAUUUUUAACCGAUUGACAACUGUAACAGGCAUUAAGUCAGUCCAGUAGUAGAUUGACAAUGGCAGAUGAGCUUAGCCGGCAGCUCUAGGCCAGUGUUUUGUUGCAGGAUAGUCAAUGAAUUCAUGAUUAGACAGACAAGACAGAUCAUUUCUUGAUUAUUAAUAUUCUAUCAUUAACAACUUUUACUUGCAUACUAAUAUUACGUUACAAGUUAUGUUUAUAUUGGAGGAUAAAAUGUGUAAUAUUAGAUAAUCUCAACAGUCCACUUAUAGACUCACAGUGGCAGAUGUGCUUAUAUAGCGGAAUGUUUGUGCAGGUGAAUUAAUGCAAGCGAAAUUUUGCAAAUAAAAUUUUCCUCCUUUUCUUCUUACAUUUUGAUUAACAAUUUUUAAAUAGUAGUCUAGUCAAUGUACAGGAUGACCUCAAACUAAUGGCUACAAAAGCUUUUAUUGCUUUAAGUUAUACUAGAAUAUAGUCUCAACAACAUAUAAAAAAUAUACAAAAGAUUUUAUAAUAAUUGUGCAUAUCCAAUCCUGUAAUUUGAGUUUUAAAUAAUCUUAUACCAAUUGAUAUGAUAUAAUUACUGUAUUUAAAAAAUUUCACAUUUCCACGAUUUCUCAAUGUAAACCCAAUAUUUGCCCCAAAAUUGAAUUGUCCUCAAGUUAUAAUUUUGUAUUGUUUUAAGAGGCCGUCCACGGAGAUAUCGGGCAGUAGCUAUAAUACGGCUGGCACAUGCAAUUCCCCAAAAUUUUAUUCAUACCCAAUAAAAGUUAAGGUCAUACGCCAAUUUUAUCGUAUGUAAAGUGAAUUUCACAAAAAACAUUGUUAGAUGCCAAAACUUGGCCUAUUUCAUAAAUUCGAGGACACUAUAUAAUCUAUAGAAAAUGAUCAUUUUGUAAAGUUAAAUAAUACCCAAUACAAUAAAAUUUGUCCAGAAAGUAUAAACAAUAUUUGAAGAAAAUUCCUUAAUAAUUAAGAUGAAACAAUAAAAUUGCUGGGAAACAAUGCUGUUGUUGAGCAAUUACUGACAGAAGUAGACAAAAAGCCAGUAAUUUGAGUUACCUCCCUUGGCGUAAAAAAUGUAAAAUGAUCCGAAACUUGCAUAAAAUGUAAUUUUCGAAGAAAACAGUAUUUAUUUAGAACAUUUUUCACUUAUCUCGAUUUUUUUUAUCAAGUGUAAACAUGGAAUUAAUUUUUUUUUUAAUUUGAUGGUGAAAAAUAAAUAUUCAGCCCGGACCUUAUCAAAGUCUCGUGGGUAAACAGAUAUGGCUGACAAGUGAUAGAAACGUGAAGUUUUUCUAGGAGUGGUCCUUAUUUUAGGGACUUGUCAAUCCUUAAUAAUUGUUCAAAAGACAUAAGUGGAUAUUCAAGAUAUUUUAAAGUUGGAACUGCGUGUAAUAUUCAACCGAGAUUGACCCCCUGCUGUACAGAUCGGGGUACUUCGACGUAAAAGUUUAACUGUUUAAACUAUCGUGCACGGUGCAGAUGCUUACUAGUAUGCCGAGGUCAUUGCGAUUCUUUUGGGAUUUACUGGAGGCAACCACCACCAAAUGUUGUUAUCUACUACACAAAGGAAAGUGUAAAGCAGACAGAGCAGUAAACUUCAAUGUUUCAAGGGAAAUAUUUGUUCCCGUUGGAAGUGGUAAGUAUAAAUGUCGAAUUUUCUCUGUUAUUUUUCUUUGAAAACUGUCUUUGAUUGCUAGACAAUUUUGAUGCAAGUUCUCAUGAUGUGUCAAUGCAAACAAUUCAUUUGAUGAAAUGAUUCUUUUUAAAAUAAUAAUGAUUAAAAUGAUAAAUCCCCACAGUAAAAAAA